AUGCACGCCUCGACGCUGCGCUCGCGCGCGGGCGGGACGCGCGCCCGCGUCGUCGCGCGUCCCCCGACGCGCGCGCCGACGCGCGCGGUCGCGCUCGCGCGCGCGUCCGGAGCUACGGGCGCCGCCGCCGCCGCGCGCGAGCGGCAAUUACAAUCGUCCCGACGCGCCUCCCCGUCGCGUCGCGCGCGCGCCGCCGUCGCCGUCGCGCGCGCGAAAGCCCCGGGCGGCGGGUUCGCGCGCCCGGAUGAGUCCACCUCGCCGCGCGCGGAGGACGAGCUGUACUGGGACCCCGCGGACCUGGAGGACGAGGACCCGCCGCUGAUCGAGGUGGACGACCUCGACCUGGACGACGACGACGACGACGACGACGACGCGUGGUUCUUCGUCCCGGACGGCGCGGGCGUGGACGUCGGCGACGACGUCCUGUUCCAGAUCGGGACGGAGGGCGACGACGACGACGACGACGACUUCGGGUUCGCGACCGGGUUCACGACGACGACGCUGGACGGGGACGACGACGACGACGACGACGAGAGCGACGACGCCGCGACGCGGACGCGGAACAAGAGCAACCGCGCGCGGCGGCGGCGCGACGCCGUCGACGCCGCCGCGGAGGACCGCGGCUCGGGUUCGAAGGCCACGGAGCUCCCGAACGCGGCGCAGACGAAGGCGGACCGGAAGAAACGAGAGGACGUCGCGCGGAUGGUCGCCAUGGGCGUCCCCGAGAAGCUUUUGCGGCGACUCGAGAGCGAGAAGGCGGCGGUGGCGUCGUUCAACGAGCGGAAGCAGACGGAGCAGGCGCGCAAGACGCACAAGCGGAUGACGAUCGUCGCGGGGACGUACGCGCGACGGAAACUUCUGUCCCCGAGCGGGUUGGACACGCGGCCGAUGAUGGGCAUGGUGCGCGGCGCGACGUUCGACAUGGUCAUGGCGUUGAUCGGUUCGGCGAGCAACGUGCAGUUUCCGGAUCCGUCGUCGCGGUGGCUCGACCUCUUCGCCGGUACCGGCGCGAUCGGCCUCGAGGCGAUGUCGCGAGGGUGCGUGGAGUCGCACUUCGUGGAGAUGGACCCGUGGGUGACGAACAACGUCCUGGAGAAGAACAUCAAAUCGUUGGGGCUGACGCGAUCCGACGCGCGCGUGCACACGUCGAGCGUGGAGGCGCGUUCUAUACACUGGUCCCCAUACGACCCCGUCCGCGUGGCGUUUUUGGCGUCGCACAAGCGAAGCGCGAAAGCCGCGGGCGGCGCGUUCGACUUCGUGUCGUUCUGCCCGCCGUACUACAAGGUGUCGUACCCGGAGCUUCUGCUCGAGCUCGACGCGAGCCCGCUGCUCGCGGAGCACACGGUGCUCGUCGUCGAGUACGCGCGGUCGCAGAAGCCGGAGAUGAAGGCGUCGAUCGGGCGGCGACUGCGGCGGCUGCGGGACCGGCGGUACGGCCGGACGUUCGUCGCCGUGUACGCGUGCGACGGGAGGGAGAUGCCGGACGAGGACGACGAGUGGGCGGCGCAGCCGGAGGAGGCGACGCGGUUCGGGAAGGUGGUUCGAGGGGGGGGGAAGCGGGACGCCGUCGCGAGCGAUUGA